AUGAGAUUAGUUAAUGAUUCACCAAUAUUAAAUGCUACAACACCAUUAAAUGCUAGUCCAGUUAUUCGAAGCGUUAACCCAGGUCGUCGUAAUGUUCGACCUGGGAAAUCUCCGUUGAAAAACAAUACAACAACAAAAAAGAUCCCAUCACGAGGCAUUGCAUCUAUCGAUGAUACACCAAUGAAAAUUUGUGGAAAUCAUGACACUGCGGAAAAAAAUAUGGCGCGAAUGGAAGCAGCGAGCGUAGAAAAGAAUGUUUAUAGCGCAUUAAAUCGUUUCAGUUGUUGGGAUACAUUUUCGUAUGGAAUUCUUGUUGGCAUCAAACGUAAAGCAAAAUAUAAUUCAUAA